AUGAAGACCUCUGCCCUUCUUACUCUCCUUCCAGGAUGGGCCUUUGCGUCCGAUAUCCUCAGCAUCGCUCUCCACGCCAAAGAAGCCAGGGAUCUCCACAACUUCAUCCGGAACAAUGCGAACUUGGACUAUGGCUGCAGACCGGUUGUUAUGCGCUCCGACGGUGAGCAUAAGCUACACGCUCUCGUUUCCUCUGAGCAGUUGGACAUGCUGAAGCGGACGCUGGAUCCUCAAGUGGUACGCAUCGACAUGAUGGAUCAUCUCAACAAGAGGGAGGAACCCGCAGCUCCCAUCGGCAAGGGAGACCGCUUCCAGGGCGGUAAGGUGGCUCCUCGAGGUUUGGGCUCCCGCAAACCGGGAGAGCAGGCCGAUCUGGGCCCCAUCCUCAAUGUGAACGAAAUCCAUUCGGCGAUGAAAGCUCUUUCCAAGAAGUACGGCAUAGAGACCUUUGUUGCCCCUUAUAAGACGUAUGAGGGUCAAACCGUCAUUGGCGGUGUGGCGAACAGGAACGCAAAGACCAACUGGCUGGGGAGCAUCAGACAUGACCACCAGUACAUCUUCCUCAACUCGGGUAUCCACGCUCGUGAACGAGGCGGUCCCGACAACCUCAUUUACUUCAUCAGUGACCUCCUCUAUGCGGAUGCGCACGGCACCGGACUCACUUAUGGCAAGAAGAGCUUCACCAAGGAGCAAGUCAGCAAGGUCCUCGACUCCGGCAUUGUCUUCAUUCCUCUCUCCAACCCGGACGGCGUCCGCUACGACCAAGCGAACGGGAAUCUCUGGCGCAAGAACCGCAACCCUCAGAGCUCCACUCCCGGCAAGCCUAAAACGGUCGGCGUCGACCUGAAUCGCAACUUUGACUUUUUGUGGAACUUCACCAAGUAUUUCGACCCCAGCGUGGAGCCUGCGUCUAGCGAUCCCGCCGACGAGGCCUUCUACGGCACCGCCCCUUUCUCUGAGCCCGAAACCAAGAAUAUCCGCUGGGUAUAUGAGAAGUUCCCCAAGAUCAGCUGGUUCAUCGAUGUUCACUCCGCCGCCGGGACGCUUCUCUACUCGUGGGGUGACGAUGUCAAUCAGGCCAAUGACCCUAAACAGAACCUGUUCAAUCCGGCGUAUGAUGGCAAGCGUGGUCCCGUCGAAGACAGCAUCUACAAGGAGUACAUCUCCGAAGAAGAUUGGUACAAUGUCGCCCUUCAGGCCAACCGUACCACUGCCGCAAUGAAAGCCGUCGGCGGCCGCGAAUACGUGCCCCAGCAGGCCGUAGGGUUGUACCCAACGUCUGGCGCUAGUGACGACUGGUCGUUCAGCAGGUGGCACGGCAACAAGAAGCUCAACAAGGUGUAUGGUUACACGAUGGAGUUUGGCUACCCCACGAACUUCUAUCCGACCGCGGCAGAGUAUGUCCACAAUAUCCUGGAUACGAAUGCGGGGUUCAUGGAGUUCAUUCUCAAUGCUAACGAGAUUGGUUUGAAGCAUUGGUGA